GCUAGCAGAAUUUUCCACUUUCCGGUAGAUGCGUUGCCGGUGCAUAGAAGUACAGUACUGGUACAGUAACGGUUGAACACACAUCGUACAAUUUUUGCUCGCUGGCUAAUAUUAUUACACCGUAUCCGCGUAUCGUAUGUAUUGAUUUCUAGCGUGCCAACUUUCAAAGGAAAGCUUUAAAUCUGAGACACACUUUGUUUUGCGAUUUGCGCCAAAAUCCAGAUGUAUUUUCAUCAGUAAAUACUACCUACGCUUUUGUUUGGACCGAUUACGUCGAAUUGUUUCUGCGCAGUCCGUCCGCCUCAGACUCGUUAAAUUCUUAUUAAUUAAUCCUUUUUCUCUGAGAUUGUUUGGCUCACGGGAAGUGGAUAUGCGCAGUGGUCCCCCGAAAUCAGUCGGUGCGUCGGAAGAUCACGGUACCGGUGUGCAUUUGAAAACGGAUGGGAAUAUGGAUGUGCAGCAUAAGGAUAAGGGUUCUAAGGAGACGGCAGAUAACAACUCCUCAGCAAGGCAAAACCAGAAAGAUGACGCGCCUGGAAAAUUCAUAAACGAUCUGAUACAGGACGACGCGCUGUUGUAUCAGUGGCUGAAAGAGCGGUCGGAGACCUGCGCGACCGCCGACUCUUCUUUAAACGAAGCUCGCGCGAUCCCGUACGCUGCUCUUCAACUCACCGAGACGGGACUGGGUUGCGGUUCGUUUGGCGAGGUAACACUAGCCGACUGGGGCCACAAACAGGUCGCGGUGAAGACCCUGAGCCCAGAAGAGGAUGACUCUCCCCGCCAGCGGCAGUUAUUCGUCCGGGAGCUUGCCAUCCUAGCGGAAUUAGGCCGUCAUCCCCAUCUGGUGGGGUUCUACGGGUACUGUCCGGACCCGUUAAGCAUUGUUAUGGAGUACGUGGAAUUGGGGAAUCUACAUUAUCGGCUGCAUUACUGCCAGGAUCCCCAGGUGGUGGCGAAAGUGAAAGAUGGACGGAUUAAGAAGAAGAUCGUCGUGGGAAUCGCGGAGGGGAUGACAGUAUUGCAUUCUGCCGGGGUGGUGCACGGGGAUUUGAAGCCGGAUAAUGUGCUGCUGACCCGGGAGUACCAGCCGAAGAUUAUCGAUUUCGGCCUGGCGAAUCUGUGCUGCAAGGCGUCCACGGUGGUGGAUGCUGAGAAAGGAUGCGAUUAUGAGGUUUUCUGUGGCACUCCGGCUUACAUGCCACCGGAAUCCAUGGUCUGUGAUCAAGAGCCCACUUUUAAGGAACCAGACUUUAGCGGCGACGUCUACGCAUUCGGCAUCCUGCUGAAUGAGAUGGUCACCGAGGAGGAGCCCUACGCUGACCAGUUCGAACACUUUGCCGAGCAAGGUGGGCUUGCUCUUAGGAAAUUUGCUCAACAAGGCCACCGACCACGCACUGGAGAGAGCCGGUGCGGAUCUCGUGUCGCUGAUCAAAAGCUGUUGGGACGCCAAGCCAGAGCGCCGUCCAACCUUUGCCAGUAUCCUGACAACGGUACACGCCAGCGAGUUCCAGAUGCCCAACGGCACCGCUCGUCAAUGAAGCCUUAAGCAAUGAAGCACUUAAUUCUGAAACUGGCACAAGAUGGGUUUCUUCCUGGUUUCCGGAUAGUGCUACCUGACUCUUAAUUAUUCCAUUCCAUUUUUUAGGUGGAGAUUCUCUUUGUUAUUAACGACAAUAUUUGCCUCUGCUACACGCUCUGAAAUUGUCAGGAAAAUUACAGCUUCUGAAUGCAAAAUUUGCUUGUACCUGACUUCGUGAUGCAUACCCAAAUUAUAAUCCUGCCGUGAAAUUUGUUUCUCUGUCUACUUAUAAUCAGCAACAGAGAUAAUAUUUUCGCUGAGCAGCGCUUGUCACUGCAGAUUGGGGAAGGCUCAACAUAUGUUUUAACGAAGGUAUUCGUUCGUGUUGCCUGAAGU